UUGGGUUUCGCUACCUGUUACUACCGUUCAAAGUAUGGCUACUACUACGCCACUGAUACUGCUCGUCGUUGGGGUUCUGCUGUGCGCUCUGGGCCAGUCACGGGCCUCACCGCUGUCGGGAGAGCCCACCGGGGUUGCUCAAGUGCCCCAAAUUCCGAACAUGCCCGGACCGGGAGAUUUCCCCAGGCCGCCCAAUAUGGUGCAGAGCCGUGUGGUACGUCAAGCACCGCCGGACUUUCCGGACCACGGAAAGAUGCCACCACCGCCCGAAGGCCCUCCGCAGAUUCCGUCGAUGCGAGCCCGCCGGGACACGGAAACGCCCCUGGGGCAGGCUAACGAUCUUCCGACCUUCGCUCAAACUACUUCGCACGGACGGCGUGGAAAGCGGGCCGCCAAAGGCACCGGAGGCAAGUUUCCCAGUAAAACCGGAUAAGCUGUGCCGGAUGCUUUAGGGUCAACGCAACAAAAAAAAUCGGGAAUAGAGCGUGCUGCAAUCAACAUGUACUACAAUGGAAUAAAAAGGCAAACAUCACGCA